CUAGAGAAUGGGGCUGUAGAAAGGAUACUUGGGGUUUUACUUCUGUUAAUUUUUCACGAGUAAUACACAGUAGUGACCGAGAGGAGGAUGAUCCAUAUAUUAAAGCCUUACAAGCUCGAAUGGUGUAUUUUGUCAAUGAUGAAGUGAAUAAAGAUUGGAGUGUUGUCAUGCAUUUGAAGCCAAGAGACUCAUAUGAUAUGGGGGGAAAUGAAGAUGAUGAAGCAUGCGAGAAUGAGCCAUGCAAAAGAGGUACAAGAAUCUACUUAAAGCAGCAGCAGCUGCAAAUUCUUCACAAGACAAGUCAACUGCAGCUGCAAAUUCCUCCCGAGAAAAGUCGGCAGCUUCAAAUGCAUCACAAGUCAAGUCCGCAGCAGCUACAAAUUCCUCCCGAAAGACAUCGGCAGCUGCAAAUUCCUCCCGAGACAAGUCGGCAGCAGCUGCAAAUUCCUCCCGAGAUAAGUCAGCAGCUUCAAAUUCCUCCCGGGAUAAGUCAGCAACUGCAAGUUCCUCACAAGACAAGUCGGCAGUAGCUGCAAGUUCAUCCCAAGACAAGUCGGCAGCU